AUGGAUUUAUCGAAUUUAUCCAGCGACUUGCCCUCCACGAGGAAUGUGGACCAGGUGUCGCUUAUAGAACUUAACAAGGAGUUGACCUCGGAAUUUAAGAAUGCUGCCAAGUCGGUUGCUGCUCUAUAUAAUAGCACUGGGGACUCCAAACGACUGAAGGCAGAGUUUGCCAAUGCUGCCAAGUCGGUGGCCUCGCUCUACCGUUUGGGAAACAACUCAAACGUACUUCUGAUGCAUAAAGGCUACUUAGAGUGCCUAGAUGAUCUAUUGGAUGUUAUAACCAACGGUGAUGAUAUCGAGAACUGGGCACUCACGAAGCGUGCUGAGAUCGUCAAGAAGUUUAGCAGUAAAGAUAAACCGGCCGUGCCUCAGGAGGCCGUCCAAGAUCAAGAUUUUCACCUUCCACAGGAGUAUGAAUUCUCCUUACCAUCAGAGCUCGCUCUGUCAUUGCAUUUCAGGCCCACUUUUGCCCCCUUAUCGGUGAACUAUAGAAGGCCACGAUCGAAGGAGUCACGUAAACACGAGAGGAAGAACUAUCGGAAGCAAGCUGUUACGGCAAACUACGAUGCUAGUCAAUCUUCUGAUAACGAUAGCGAAACAAGCGACCUGGGUGAAGACAUAGAGACGAGGAAGAGAAGAGCAUUGCAGUCACUUCAAGAUGCUGUGAAGAAGAGGAGAAUGGAUUCUUCAAGUGACAACGAGUAG